AGCACACACGACCAUUGCCGUUGUUGGCUGUCCUUUGCUUCGGUUCCAUCUGAUUAAAACUAUGCAAGAAAACAAAGAGAGAUAACAACUCUAGUUUCUGUAAGGAGAGAGAAAGAUGAUAAUACCUGCAGAGACCUUCUGCUUCCAAUUUUUUAUUUUCCAUUUUAUCUGUAAUUAACCUAACCCUAGAUUAGGAUUUUCCCUCUUUUUUUUUCUUUUUUUUUUUAAAAAUUUUUGAUUUUAUAAUCUUCGGACUCACGAAUUGAUAGAUCUUAAUUCUAUUUUCUCUGUUCUUUUUUCCCACUACUCGUUUUGGUUUUCUUCGUUUCCGUUCGACCUUUUCAAUUUGUCGUUGCGGUUGAUUCGUGUGUACAGUGUCUUUUUUUUCCACGGCAUUAUUUUUAUUUUUUCACAUUUUUUAAUAAUUUUUUUCGGGGAGUAGUGGAAUUAGGGUUUGUAUUGUAGCUAGGGGGUUUCAAUUUUUGGGUUUCUGUGGAUUUUGUUGAUGGAGCCGCGUGUUGGUAAUAAGUUUCGGCUCGGUCGAAAGAUCGGCAGCGGGUCGUUUGGGGAGAUCUAUCUUGGAACUAAUAUCCAGACAAAUGAAGAGGUCGCCAUUAAGCUUGAAACUGUCAAGACAAAGCAUCCCCAAUUGCUGUACGAAUCAAAGUUAUACAGAAUCCUUCAAGGAGGAACUGGGAUUCCAAAUGUGAGAUGGUUUGGAGUUGAGGGAGACUAUAAUGUUCUUGUUAUGGAUUUGCUUGGACCUAGUCUUGAAGAUCUAUUUAAUUUCUGUAGUAGGAAACUCUCUUUGAAGUCGGUUCUUAUGCUUGCUGAUCAGAUGAUCAAUCGUGUUGAGUUUGUUCAUUCAAAAUCAUUUCUUCAUCGAGAUAUUAAGCCAGACAAUUUUCUCAUGGGCUUGGGAAGACGUGCUAAUCAGGUAUACAUGAUUGACUUUGGUUUGGCAAAGAAAUACAGAGAUAGUUCUACCCAUCAACACAUACCUUACAGGGAAAAUAAAAAUUUGACUGGAACUGCCAGAUAUGCAAGUAUGAACACUCACCUGGGAAUUGAGCAAAGCCGGAGGGAUGAUUUAGAGUCUUUGGGUUAUGUUCUUAUGUACUUCCUGAGAGGAAGCCUUCCUUGGCAAGGACUGAAAGCGGGAACAAAGAAACAGAAGUAUGAGAAAAUUAGUGAAAAGAAGGUCUCUACUUCAAUUGAGGCCUUAUGUAGGGGUUAUCCAACUGAAUUUGCUUCCUUCUUCCAUUACUGCCGUUCAUUACGAUUUGAUGAUAAGCCAGAUUAUGCUUACCUGAAAAGAAUAUUUCGCGAUCUCUUUAUUCGAGAAGGCUUCCAGUUUGAUUACGUUUUUGACUGGACAAUAUUAAAGUAUCAGCAAUCACAGUUGGCUAAUGCUCCAGCUCGUGCCCUUGGCCCUGGAGUUGGAACUAGUUCUGGAAUGCCCCCUGCUAUUGUCGGUGCAGAUAGACAGACAGGUGGGGAAGAUUCACGACAGGCUGGGCAAUCAAUGGAUGCUGCUCGCCGUAGACUUUCAGGGCCUAUCCUAAGUUCAGGGGGUCAGGCAAAGCAGAAGAGCCCAGUUGCCAAUGAUUCUCCAAUUAGUAAGGACCCUCUGUUGCCAAGCUCUACUCUCUUGGGGCGAUCAAGCCGAUCCUCGAGGCAACCUGCUGUUUCCACCAGUCGUGACAUAUUUGUUGGAAGUGAAGCUGAUCCCCAACACUCACGCACAACUGAUGCAAGCCCGGGAACCAUGAACAAAAUUUCAAGUACCCAGAGGAGUCCUCUUGGUUCUGCAGCAGACCCCAGACGUUCCUCAUCAACUAGAAAUGCCACGCACAUGAAGACCUACGAAUCUGCCAUUAAGGGAAUUGAGGGGCUGAAUUUUGACAGUGAUGAGAAGGUUCAUUAUUAGGUGCCGGGCCUGUGUACCUUUGUAAAUCAUGAAUUUGUUGGUGUGCUGUCGCAUUUGCAAGUGGACUAUUUUGUCUCAUGGAGUUCAAGAGUUCUGGAACUUGUGCUUAGAACCCUUGUAACUCGUGGAUUUCAUUUUGCACACUCAAGAUGUCAGCUAAUUUCGCAGGAAACAGUCCUGAAAAGCUGAAGGUCUCAAAUUUUAGAAGGCUUCAUAUACAGACGCUGGGUCUGUUAAUACGGUACCCCCCUUUUUCUUUUUUUCUUUUCAACAAAAAAAAAAAAAACCGUGUUUUAUAAGUAGCUCAACGAUUUCAGUUCAUCUAAGCGAUCAUUUUUUAUUCAGAAGUUUGAAACUUGAAGCCAUUGUAAAUUGGGCGUUGUAUCAUAUUACUGUUUAGCUUUCUUGAAGAUUGAAGAACAAAUAUUUUAUGUCC